UAAGACUGCAACCACUGGGCUGGUAGUGGCUCUAAUGAAUAUCAUUUUGUGUUUUAUUUUACUGUAAAAGCUGGAAUGCUGAAACCAAAAAGAGAACAGCGCCGUUUGGGGUUUCCUGAGUGUUCUGAUGGUCUACAGAAUUCUCCAUUUAAAAUCUUUGAAGUUUCUUUUUAUCAGUGAUGAAGGGAAAAAUGUCUAGACCUGCUUGAACUACUGCUUUGGAAAGGAGGGAAUAAUCUCUCUCCUCAGCUCUGUUGAGGAGACUUCUUGUUUUCUUAAGGAUUAAGGAAGAAUAAUUUUCAAAGUGUAAAAUCAAGGAACUGCAGUUUGAGAGACUGACUCGAGAACUUGAGGCUGAACGCCAGAUCGUUGCCAGCCAACUGGAGAGAUGUAAGCUCGGAUCAGAAACCGGAAGCAUGAGCAGCAUUAGUUCUACAGAAGAGCAGUUUCAUUGGCAAACGCAAGAUGGUCAGAAGGACAUUGAAGAUGAGCUCACAACUGGUCUUGAGCUGGUGGAUUCCUGUAUUAGAUCACUGCAGGAAUCAGGAAUACUUGAUCCACAGGACUAUUCAGCUAGUGAAAGGCCCAGCCUUCUAUCCCAGAGUGCACUUCAGCUCAAUUCCAAACCUGAAGGGUCUUUCCAGUAUUCAGCCAGCUACCAUAGCAACCAGACCCUUGCCCUGGGUGAAACAGCGGCAUCACAGCUCCCUGCCCGCAGCAGUCAAGCCCGAGCUGCCAUUCAGAGCUACAGCCAGGGGACAACUAGUCGAGCAACCCAUUUAGCUGGAUCUGAACCCUCUCAAUCGCAUGCUGCCUCUCAGUCAAGAGAGUCCUUUGUGCCAAGCCAUGGGAGUGCGUUCCAUUUGCCUGAUUCCCAGCAUUCUUCGACACUUUAUUACUCCAGCUCCACUCUGCCAGCCCAGAGAGUGAGCUCUCCACUGUCCAUGCAGCAGGUGGGCUCUCCAACCAAGCUCCAGCGGGUGGGAUCAGCAUCGGAGAGUGCUGGAUACAGCACCACACAGCGGGUUUCCUCUCCCAAGCAGUCUCCAAGCCGCUUAGCCAAGUCUUACAGCACCAGCUCGCCAAUCAAUAUCGUUGUGUCUUCAGCUGGACUUUCUCCGUCCCCAAUUCGUGUGACCUCUCCACCCACCAUACAGUCAAAUAUUUCCUCUUCUCCUAUACAUCAGCUAAGCUCCACCAUUGGCACUUAUGCUACUCUGUCUCCUACAAAACGGCUGGUCCAUACUUCAGAUCAGUACAGCAAGCAUUCCCAGGAACUGUAUGCCACUGCUACCCUACAGAGACCUGGCUCCCUAGCAGCUGGGUCUCGGGCAUCUUACAGCAGCCAGCACAGCCACCUUGGCUCCGAGUUAAGGGCCCUGCAGUCUCCAGAGCACCAUAUAGAUCCUAUUUACGAAGACAGAGUGUAUCAGAAGCCCCCUAUGAGGAGUCUCAGCCAGAGUCAGGGGGACCCUCUGCAACCAGCACAUACAGGCACAUAUCGCACUAGCACAGCCCCAUCUUCCCCUGGUGUCGACUCCGUACCCUUACAGCGCACAGGCAGUCAGCACGGCACUCAGAACGCAACAUCGACCUUCCAGAGGGCCAGCUAUGCUGCAGGCCCAGCCUCCAAUUACGCAGAUCCCUACCGACAGCUGCAGUAUUGUCCUUCUGUUGAAUCACCAUACAGCAAAUCUGGGCCAGCCAUCCCACCUGAGGGGACCUUGGCUAGGUCACCUUCCAUUGAUAGCAUUCAGAAAGAUCCCAGGGAGUUUGGAUGGCGGGAUCCUGAACUUCCAGAAGUUAUACAGAUGUUACAGCAUCAGUUCCCCUCAGUACAGUCCAAUGCUGCAGCCUACUUGCAGCAUCUCUGUUUUGGAGACAAUAAAAUAAAAGCAGAGAUAAGAAGACAAGGAGGAAUACAGUUACUGGUGGACCUACUGGACCAUCGAAUGACAGAAGUCCACCGUAGUGCCUGUGGAGCACUGAGAAAUUUGGUGUAUGGGAAAGCCAACGAUGACAACAAAAUUGCCCUGAAAAACUGUGGUGGCAUCCCAGCAUUAGUACGGUUACUCCGCAAGACUACAGAUCUGGAAAUCAGAGAGCUGGUCACAGGAGUUCUUUGGAAUCUCUCCUCUUGUGAUGCACUGAAAAUGCCAAUCAUCCAGGAUGCCCUUGCAGUGUUGACCAAUGCAGUAAUCAUCCCUCACUCUGGAUGGGAAAACUCGCCACUUCAGGAUGAUCAUAAAAUACAGCUUCAUUCAUCACAGGUGCUGCGUAAUGCCACUGGGUGCCUAAGGAAUGUCAGCUCUGCUGGAGAGGAGGCCCGCAGGAGAAUGAGGGAGUGUGACGGACUUACUGAUGCAUUGCUGUACGUGAUUCAAUCUGCUCUGGGGAGCAGUGAAAUUGAUAGCAAGACCGUUGAAAACUGUGUGUGCAUUUUGAGGAACCUCUCGUACAGGCUCGCUGCAGAAACAUCUCAGGGACAGCAGAUGGGAACAGAUGAACUUGAUGGAUUACUGUGUGGUGAUGCCAAUGGCAAGGAUGCAGAGAGUUCUGGGUGUUGGGGCAAGAAGAAGAAGAAAAAGAAAUCCCAAGAUCAGUGGGAUGGAGUAGGACCUCUCCCAGACUGUGCAGAACCACCAAAAGGAAUCCAGAUGCUGUGGCACCCUUCAAUAGUCAAACCCUACCUCACACUUCUCUCCGAGUGCUCAAAUCCAGACACACUGGAAGGUGCAGCAGGUGCAUUGCAGAACUUGGCUGCAGGGAGCUGGAAGUGGUCAGUGUAUAUCCGUGCUGCUGUCCGCAAAGAGAAAGGCCUGCCGAUCCUGGUGGAACUGCUUCGAAUAGACAACGACCGGGUGGUAUGUGCAGUUGCUACAGCUUUACGAAACAUGGCCUUAGAUGUCAGAAAUAAGGAGCUAAUAGGCAAAUAUGCUAUGCGGGACCUGGUCCAUCGACUUCCUGGUGGAAACAACAGCAAUAGCUCAGCAAGCAAGGCCAUGUCCGAUGACACAGUUACUGCCAUUUGCUGCACUCUGCAUGAAGUCAUCACAAAAAACAUGGAGAACGCCAAGGCCUUACGGGACGCAGGAGGCAUUGAGAAACUAGUUGGCAUUUCCAAGAGCAAAGGAGACAAGCACUCACCAAAAGUGGUGAAAGCAGCAUCUCAGGUCCUAAAUAGCAUGUGGCAGUACAGAGACCUGAGAAGUCUCUACAAGAAGCGGGCGGUCCCAGGCUUCAGAGUGGCUGAGGACAGAGGAUUUUCACCCACCCAUCAUUCUGGGUCAUGGCACGCUCAGCAUACUCUCUCCCAGAGCCAAGAAACCAGAAUCUAUUCCCAAACCCAGGAUGGAUGGUCACAGUAUCACUUUGUAGCCUCAUCUUCAACAAUAGAAAGGGAUCGGCAAAGACCAUACUCUUCAUCACGCACACCCUCCAUCUCUCCUGUGCGCAUGUCUCCUAACAAUCGCUCAGCAAGUGCCCCUGCCUCACCUCGGGAAAUGAUCAGUUUAAAAGAAAGGAAAACAGACUAUGAAUCAACUGGAACAAAUGCCACUUACCAUGGAAAUAAAGGAGAACACACUUCCAGGAAAGACACCAUGACAGGACCUGCAUGUGCACCUCUAGUGGGAAUCAGACUGACUGCAUCAUCUGAAAGAACCAGGGCUCAAAACACUGGAAUCUCAACUUUGUACAGGAAUUCCUAUGGUGCACCUGCUGAAGAUAUCAAACACAACCAGGUCUCAACACAGCCAGUUCCACAGGAGCCCAAUAGAAAAGAUUAUGAACCAUAUCAGCCGUUUCAGAAUUCGACAAGAAACUAUGAUGAGUCCUUCUUUGAGGACCAAGUGCAUCAUCGCCCCCCUGCAAGUGAAUAUAACAUGCACCUGGGACUAAAGUCAACCGGCAACUACGUCGACUUCUAUUCAGCUGCUCGUCCCUACAGUGAACUUAACUAUGAAACAAGCCACUAUCCAGCCUCUCCAGAUUCCUGGGUUUGAGGCUUGGGCAAGAAACAGAAGCUCCAGGAACUGUGCAUGUGCAUGCAUACCACAAGACAUUUUUUUCCUGCAAAUUUAGUUUGUUAAAGCCUGUUCCAUAGGAAGGCCCUGGUAACCAGUAUGGAAAAAUUUAAGAGAUUUUAGAAGGCUAAAAGAAAUGCAAGUUAAAUAUGGAAGUCAUUAGAAAGAAAUAUAUAUAUACAAAUAUAUAUUACAGUGUGGGACAACUUUACUGUUGUCUUAUAGAGUCUAAAAUAACAGUGCUGUGUACUGAAUGUGGCUGAAGGAAGGAGGGAGAAUAUGACAGUGGAUGUGGGUCAAGAGUUAAGCACAAGAAACUGAGCAGCUUAUGUACUUUAUGGGGAACAGCUUCUCACACUUUGUUUAAUAUCCUCGUUCAUUGUGAAUCUAGGCUUCAAGUUGCAUUUGGGGUUUCCUCUGUACAGCAAGAUGUUUCUUGCCUUUUGUUAAUGCAUUGUUGUAAAGUAUUUGAUGUACAUUACAGAUAAAAAAAACGAGUGCAUUGUGUAUAUUACACCAAUGCCACAGUGUUUCUUCAUCUAUGGUUCUAAAUAUUGCUUCAAUUUCAAAAUUUUGGAAGAUGUAUGAAUUUCCAGGGUUUUUUUUGUUUUCUUUUCCCCAGUGCGUUUUAACAAAAAACAAAAAGGAAUAUUUAGCAGUAUUGUUCGUUCUGAUAUGUGAAUUUGUUUGUGGCAACUAAAAAAAGGCAUUCAGCAGUUUCUGACAGUUAACAUUCAUCAUUCCACACUCCUUGUCAACAAAGUGCUUUUUCACUGCCUAAAAUUUUAGAUGUAGAUAUUUGAAAUAGAUUUUUUCAUUUAUACCAGUUUUCUUUAUGAUGAUACAGUGUUAAAAGAAAAUAAAUUACAAUUGAUCUGUCAUCCAUAUUUGCUAAGAAUGUCUAUUUCCAAGAACUGAACAUACAAAAUACACAUUCUUGCUUGUGUGCACGUACGUCUGUGUGUGCAUAAUAUUCUGUGAGUGUAUGUGUGUAUGUGUGUGGUGUACAAGUUAUUUUCAUCUGCUGUUCUCCUUGUUCAAGCUUUAUUUUAUUUUUUAUUUGAUAUUUUUUACAGUGGAAACUCCAACAUGUAAUUUCCCCUCAACCACAGUAUUCACCAUUGACAGUGAUUCCAAACAUUAGGCCAGUUCCAAGUAGAAGGUUUCCAAACUUUCAUCCAUUUCUUCAUUCCUGGGGUCAUUCCCUUUAAGGGUCCCUUCCUCUCUACAGCCACCUAGAAGAGCAAGAGCUCAAGGCAGAUGUGGUGCUUUCUCUCCAUCUUCCUGAAGGAAGGGAGAAUGUCAAGUCAUAAAGACCCACAUGGUUAAUUCUUACAUCUGGCUGAGGGCCCAGCACUGAGACAUUAGGACAUUUUUAUCACAGCAAAACAAAACCAUUCCUCUGAUAGAAAACGAGUGAUCAUUUCUUUACAAUUUAGAGCGUGGAUAAAAAUACUGUUAAUAAAAGAUAGUGAACGCAUUUAAAAAUGUGGAGCAAAAGGAAGGAUAUCCAUGUCCCUCCAGAGUUUAGAAUAAAAAUUUGAUUCUACAUUAUAAAAUAUUCACAUCAUCCAGCUAACAAUGUUAUAAUGUAUGGUCUUCACACAAUUAGAACCACCACAAGUGGAAUAUUUGUUAAUUACUUAAUUUGUUUUAGGAUACAAAUAUUUCUGUGAUUAUUCACUGUAAGAGUCUCAGCGUUGUUUGAAUUAUAUCCCAGAGGUGGAAAAAUCUUUCUCAAAUCAUUACCUGUACCACAGGCUAGAAAUCGUACAGGUUAUUGGUGGAAGUAUUGUGAUGUAGACUUGGUUUAUCAGUAACCUAGUGCAGUAGCCGAAACUCUUUGGCAGUGUACAGUGUCUCCUCUUUGUAAACAGGGAAAAUUGCAUGCAGAAAAAAAUUAAAUAUAAAAGGGAGGGGCACUGUGGGCCAGAUGUAUAUUGAGUUAGAUGCAAAUAUUAUUCAUAGUUUUGGACACAGGCUGUUUAUAUUUUCUUUAUUAAAUUGAUUUGAAUAAGUAACAUUUGCAGUGCUCUUUUGAACAAAGCACAUUUUCAGUAUUAAAGAACUGUUUUUUAUUUGAAAAGAACAUACCAUAACCCAGAACUUGAAGUGCAUCCUGAUUAACUAUAAUCACCAGACUUCUAUCGCCUGAAGCAAGUUCCUAAAUAGGCCUAAGGCACCCUAGCUACAGCACAAAAGGCAUAAAAUUGUUGCAAAAUGGGUUUAUUUCAAUUCUUCAGGCUGUGAAAAUGCCCAUGUUGCCCCCUCUCAGUUUUCUUAAUGAAGCAAUUCUCAAAUAAGUAAUAGAUACUGAAUUAAAGCCACACAGUGUCACAAGACUCUUUUUGUCCAUGGUUUGUUGUAUUUUGUUUCCAUACUUUGGCAGUGGCAAGUGCUCAAACUAGUGACAUUUGUUCUUGCUAUAUUGGGUCUUGGGAAAGUGUUUCUUUCCAGCCCUGGCAAUCUAGUGCCAGCUCCCAUUACAAAUCCAGUAUGGAGGAUGCAUUUUUUUAAUAUGGGGGGAGGGGGUUAAAAAUAUUAUACCCCAUUGCUGUUCCCUUCAGACAUGUAAUAGACCACAAAAAAAGCAAAAGAGGCAAUGUUCCAAAAAUGAAUAAAAUGCAUUUGUUGUACUGUCAAAUGUUGGACUUUUUUUUAAAACAAGCUUCAUAUUAGAAUCUUGAUCAGUGGUGUAGAGCUAUCUAAAUAUCAUUGUUUUGUUAAACUGUUCUUUAUGGGCUGGAAGGAAUGGUUAACCUGUCUCAAGACUAAUAAAUUUGUACCAACUUGA